AUGGUGUUUAGGUGGAGCACGGUUGAGCCGGGGAUUCGCCGACGUCGCGCCGCGAGCCGUUCGAGCGAGCGUUUGUUGCCGGGGCAUUGCGAAGAGGCCGGGCGAGGGUGCGUCUUCGCCGUCCUGGACAUCGCGCCGAGGAUUGUCGCUGUUGAGAAUCUACCGUCGACUGUUAGUAUUUCGGCUCGUUCUCCGCGUAGGAGCGUCGGAUCGCGACGAAACUUGGUUCAUUGGAUUCUAGACUGCGAGAGGAUUCCACGGAGCCCUCACUUGCAAUUUUUGGACGAGCUCGGCGACCGGUCUAGGUGGUCCCUGAGGAAUCCAGCAGCAUCGCAGGUGGCCGAGGCUGAGUUCGCUGCCAGGAAAUUGCACUUGAGAGCCACAGGUUUCGGCUACUGCGCCGUCUGCGGACCAGGAUCGAGCUCCCUACUACUGUUCGUAGUAGGUAAAUACCUUUCUCCUAUAGAGAGGCAACCAACUAGCUACGCCCCCAGCAACCGCACUAGAAACGUUGAGCUGCCGGGCAACAAAGAUUAUCGGGCCUACUUAAGCUGGCACUGCAAGCCUCGAGGCAUCCACCGGCCCACCCCGGGCGGAGAGCUGGUCAGCUGGGUGCAGUGUGAGGCCAAGCGUAAGUUUCUGGGCACCUUGUACAAGUUCAUUCAGCCAUACAUUACGAGCAGCCCUAUCGUUCUACCAGAUGUUAUGAAGGAUUUCUCCCUUAUCAUGAACAUGAGGCGGUGA